AUGGAUUGGGAAUUCGAAGGAGAGCGCAAAUUGGUGUGUAGAUUUAUUUCACAGACGUGCUGUAGCUUUAGUUUUGGUGGUAUUAUUUGAGAACAGUAAAUAUCAUAAUUUACUCGUUAGAACGCGUUUUUAUUUAGUUGAAGAGCGCCGUGCGUUACUUUGUGUUUCGCUGGAGAUAAUUUUCGGCUCUUUUAACAUCUCUCGAUAAAAUUUUCCCAAUUCAUCGCAGAGAAAGCAGAGUCGAAGGAAUUACAACUACGACACAGAUGAUAUUAUCGAAGGGAAACGAACAUUUAGCGUCGAGGAAAAGCUAAACAGUCCUAAAUUCACGGAGGGAGAUUUCGUGCAGAAACUCACAGGAGAUGGUGGGUGAAAAGAAUUGCCUUGUUGAAUAAAGUCAUUUUAUAGAAAACUUCUUUGCUUACUGUUUGUCUUACUAUUGUAGAAUUAAACCUAAAGUUUAUACAAGAAAACGGCUUUUCCUUUCCCAUGGUAAUCAAACACCCAGACGGGUUAGAUAUGCGGUACGUAUUUUGUUCAGCCUUCACGGGUUUCUGCAAAUUUUCUCAGUCAUUUUUCAAAUUUCUAAGAGUAAGCUUAUUAAAGCUCAGACUUCUCUGAAUUUUACAACCAUUGUAGGGUUCCACGGGAAGACUUUUCAGUAGAAGAUGUCAAGAAUUUUGUCGGUGAGCUUUUGAAAUUAUUUCAGAAUGUUUACCAAUUAGAUGUGUGUAGUUUGAAACUGCAGAUUAUCAGAAUCGACACAUCGUGAUCUCAGACCGAUCCUUAUGUUUAUGAUGGCUAGGAGCUCGAAGAAUGGUGGAUGUGAUCGAUGUCAACACUCAGCAAGCGUUAGAAAUGACUUUACAACAGUGGGUGAAAUAUUUUACGAGUCCAGAGCGUGAGGAUAUCUAUAAUGUUAUCAGCUUGGAGUUUAGCCACACGAAAUUAGAAGAUUUGGUCGAGCCUCCUAAAAUGGUAAGCAUUGAAAUUUUUCCUUUUCAUUUAUGAGCCAAAGAGAAUUGAUUUUUUAUUCAAUUGAUGCACCUCUUAAAUUAAGGCCAUUUUGUCAUUACUUUCAGUUCUUAUCGUGGUUUGAGUUUGUGUUUCGCUGAAGUGAUAUAAUUUACAUUAUUGGUUGCUUGUUAGUUCUUAAAUGUCACUAAAGUUAAGUAAUUGUUGUUUUUUAAUUUGAACGUGUUCUGUAGAGCUUCUUUCUUUUGAAAAAGUUGCAUCUCGUGGUCGAGUUUCGCUGAAUGGAGUGUGCAGUGUCUUUGGCACGAUCUUCUCGUGGUAACUAGUUGGUUUGGAACUAGCGAAAGCGAUAUAAACGCAGAUUUCAUUCGUCACUUCGCCCAGAAUACUAUUUUACCCACAGAAAUCGAUCUAAGCUUGAUGAAAAAGAACUAAAGAGGUUAUUUUUUUAAGAUGUCCAAGAACUGAGCCUUGUGGAAGCCCCCCUGAUAACACGACUAUGCCCCAACUUUCAGUACUAACCACACGCCCUCCGAAAACAAAAUCUAAAACGGUGAUGAAAAUCCAAGUCUGAUUUGUACUUGGUAAAUUUGACUCCAUUAUGUAUGUUGUUUUUCUACUGGAGCGAUUGUGAGAUCAUUUUAUUGAAGUAUUUUAAUUGGUGGCGAGGAUCUUGUAACUAAGCCUGAAAUCGUAAGGUUUUUGACUGGCUGUAGUCCAUGAAACACUGCCACCACAAAUUCAAGAAACCUUUUCGGUCUCGGUAAAGCAAACUGGCGAGUGAAUUAUAGCCGCCCUUUAAAGAGAUUACUUCUUAUUAAUUACUAAUUGUUACUAGUUUCGGUCCAGAAGCAAUUGUGCGAUGCUUCUCUUGACUUUUGGGUACGUUCCUUUGCUUGCAACCGCAAAUGCGUCACCCCCUAGCAAUCACUCUACAAGUUUUAAAAUGACCGUGUGUGUUUACGUUUAAUAGUUCCUUUCACGAGACCGUUACACAUAUUUAUCCACAUAUUAUUGGAGAAUAAAGCCUGGUUCAGCUUUUUAGUGCGAUUUUUUACAUAGAAGAUCAAAUAAGUUUUAAAUAUCGGCAAAAAAAUGCAGCGUGGCUUGUGUUGCUUUAGUUAUGUAAAUAUGGCGGCAGGCUCCGAGUUAGCUCUUCUUUAACACCGCACGAGAUCAAACGAAAGUGAAAUUUUAGCCCUAGAAAGUGCGCCGAUUUUUAAAUGUCAUCCUUUGUACUGCAUUUCUGAUGUUUAUCUUGAUUGUCACCACAAGUUUUAGACUGGAAAUAAUCUGCGUGCGAUUUUUAGCACGGUUGCUCUUCAAUAAGAACUGGUUCAACACUGCUCCUGCAGGUUUCAUAAAAAGUAUUUUUAGUGGACACAGAAUUGUCAUGAUCAAGAUAUGAUGAAGAUUUUGUCAUCGAGUUGCUUGACGUGGGAAAUAUAAUUUGGCUAGGGAAUGGGCCAUUGCGAAGGCACAAUUAAAAAAAGUACAUUGGUGCGAGAGUUAUUUGACUUAAAACUUAUCGAAUGACCGUGCUGUGUUCUGUAGUUUGGGUGUAACCGUCUCAGGUACUUGCAUUCCUCACUGACCUUUAGAGGGUUCGUUUCGAUGCCGAGUUGUGAUACGCGUCGCUAAAUAUUUAUCAUAUUGACAGAAUUUACUCUCUUUUGUAAUGGAGCAGCUUAUAAUAUUUUAUUACAUAAUAUGAAUUAAAAUAGUCUCUUUUUUCGGUGAAAUCGGUCCAAAUAAUUCUUUAAUGGCUCAUCUUUUCUUCCUUUAAGUAUUUCACCAACCAGCAUCUUCAAGUUGAUCAAAGUUGUUAGAAACGAAAGCUGAGAGUCGGUUCCUUGCAGAAAAUAUUCGUCCCACAAGAAAUGAAACGUUUUGUUCAGCUCAUUUUGUAAAAUAGGAUAAGGGGAAAUCGUAAUCAAUUAAAAAAAGCAAUGACAAGCACCAGAAACAAGCUGAAAAUAAUUGGGAGUAGUUUGAAUUUCUUUGCCGUUCGCCAAGAUUGAAGAAUUUUUGUGUACUCUUCGGUCAAUUCCACAUAAUGAAUUGAUAAAAUCAACAUAAAUUUCACUACUACAAGCUGAUAUACGACACGAUGGUGAAUAAUUAAUGUAAGCAGAAGAUAUUUAACGUCUUUCAUUUUGCAUUUACUCGCCUACCUAUUCUGGGUUUGGUGAGAGAUAGGAAACGUUUUCGCUCGUCAAGACCUUGUAACUCAACCAAGCAGUGGCAAUAUGUAGUUUUGCCCAUGCACCUAGCUGGUUAUUUUAGAAUUAUAAUUUUGUACUUGGUUUUCUUUGCGUCUUUUCCUAUGAAAACGCAAAAGUAAGGUUAUCCUGCUCCCAGAUAUAACUGUGGAUUUUUGAAAUUCUGGUGGGGAUUCUAAAUGAUUCAAUUUCAGAUUAUGGAAUUCUUAUAUUUCCUCCAUUUCUAUCUCUCCCUGUAAAUUUUUUUUUGUUUUUUGUUUUUUUUCGUUUUAGUUUCCCACCACGAAACCAACCAUUGGCGUUGAACGGUCAUAGGAAUUGUAGCUUUUUCUCUGUGAAUGGAGGUUGAAGUUCACACAAAUGUGCUUUAAAACAUGUAUUGGUAUCCGUCUUUUAAUUUUAGCACAGCAUGCUUCUUAGUUUAUUUUAUAUUUAAUCUGAAAAGUUCGUAGUCUCUUUUAUAAAAAGAUAUACGAUUUCUUUCAGGUUCGUGAAAUGGACUGGGUGAAUGUCGUGUGGCCCCAACAUCUCAUCGAGCAACAGAGAGAUUCAACAAAUUCUUUAGCAGAUAUGAAGUAUCCUAAAGUUAGAAAGUAAGUUUUUAAAUUAAGGACUAUUAAUAACUCCUUGAUAUGUGGUCUGCAGACGAGUUAUGUGCAUGCACACCGGCGCUUAUAAAUUUGAUUUGGCGGAUUAGAUCGAUCUGAAUCAGACCAAUUUUUUCACUGAAAUUGUCUGUUGUCCAUACGCAAGUGACUAUCAUUCGUGAUGAAAAUAUAGCACGUGCUCAAUUGCAUGAUCAUUUCUAACAUAAAUAUACUGAACGUGAAAAUUAUUCACAUCAAUGAAAUAACGAUUUGAUUUCUUUGAUUCUUGUUCGUCUCAGGCGACGUUUGAAGAUGGCUUUCGAACUUUUUAAAUCUUAAUAAUGUGAACUAUUUAAUUAAAUUUAGAGUUUUCUUUUGGAAGCUGAAGCUUUUGGACAAAAUCAGUAUUGAGUCCAGGCUGCCUAACUACUCUCAGCUGGGUUCGAGUGUGGUCACCACGCGCUGAACAGAUUAAAGUACAAAGUCGUUUGAGAUUUUCUUUAAACACGAAACGCUGCUUAAUCGCAGUUCUUUUAAAGUGUAGUAAAAACAAUCCUCCAAAUCAGUCAAGUUAGAGACAAAACUCAAGCGCUCUUGCAACUGAACAAGAUGAAUAUAUUCAAAUAUCUGCGAUCAACAUGUAUUGAAUUUGUGCGCUCCAUGUUUACUUUCGAAAUGUGAUUUUGUGUAACUCAUAGGGUAACCGUUGGACUCUUUAGUGUUGUUCAUUGUAUGGUAUUUAAAAUAUUGUUCAAGGAAUAACACCUUGCCGUCGAAGCAGGUAUUGAAGGACGAGCGUUUUCCGUUGAAAUCGCUAUGAAACGGCGGAAAACAAAGAACGAAAUUAAUUUUGAAUUCAAUCUGCAUUCCCUGGUGAAAUUUUUGCAUUUAUUUCCCCUUUCAAAUGCUAAAAAAGAGAGGAAAAAUCUUCAUAUAGCGUUCUUAGUUAUGAAUAGCAUUGAGAAAAUCUCUUUCGAGACUCUUCGCUUAAUUUUGCUCUUCAAUUUCGGGUAGAAAUCCCAUGUUGCAAGAUUGCUUUAUUGCGUGACUCUCAGGGAACGAUAAACAAACUUCUGUUUCAUCAACAGUGAACAGCAAGUUAUUUUGUAACACGUUUCAGUCGCUUAAGUCCCUUUCAGAUGUUACUGUCAAACUGCUGGGGAAUGCGUUUUUGACAGUUGGGCUUGUUCGUCGUGAAUAACUUUUUUGUGGUUAGGUUUGUUCAUAUUUUCUCUGCUUAUGUGGUUAUGGUCGACUGAACAAACCUUUACUGCGUUUUCGUGUCGUCUUCGUUUUGCUUUAGAUCGACAAGGUCAGACUUUCCUUCGGUUCAAGCGCGUUGUAGAUUGACUGUUUGAGCGAUUACGUUGGUAGGGAAGCGAUUUUUAAGCCGAAAAGGAUGGACUGUCUACUCCAAAAGGCGAAGAUAGACAAGUAGUUUCUUUACCUCAACUCUAAUUGCUAAUUCAUUCCGCUGUAUGCUUAGGAAAGAUCACUGGAAACUGGAUGCAAAAUUUCAUUUUUUCGAAUCAAGAACGACAAAAAACACUUCACGGAAGUAUUAUUUAAAAGCAUGAAUUUCAACUCUUUGCAUUCUGGUUCUGUGUUUUGUCAGUCUUUUAAAACGAUUUCACCAUAACAACAGACUCAAGUAGUUUGAACUUUGAGAGAAACGAAGGGUUAAAAUGUUUAAAAAAAUUCCACUAUAGUCAAUUGCUUUUUUAGAGGAGAUAACUCCAAUAUUCUUUAAAAAGUACAAUUUCUUUAAGCGAAGAUAUAAAUUUUAACAGCGCCUAAGAGGAAUAAAAUGUGCAGCUUUGUGGUAAGAACACUCACUGUUCCGAAUCAAUACAGUGUGCUUUUGUUCAGCUGUAAACACAAUUAGCACAACCUUUUCAGAACUCCACUUGGUGAACUUGUGUCUUAAAAUUUGUUCAUGUAUUCUUCGACAGUUUAAUCAUGCCAAUGUGUCAGGAGAAUGUUGGGAAAUUAUUUGAAAAAAACCGGUCCCUCCUGAACAUAUUAUGAAAAUAUUAUGAUCUCAGUGAUAAUUUUGAUAAAUGGAAAUAAAUAAAUCUCACAAGAAUCUGAUGUAGACAACAGAUUUUAUCAGUUAAUUGUUUGGUGUAUUUGUUGUUUUGUGUAUUUGUAGUUCGGUUCGACUUUUUGAAGGGUAAGUCCCUCUUCCAACCAACAAAAGUAAACCUGUAGGCAGGCAAGGGAAGUCUUUAUUUUGUUGUGUAUAAAUAUAACUUUGAAAAUCUUCCUUCCUGAUCGACGAAACAUUUUCUUGUCCGGCAAUACGGUCAUUUGUUCUGCCCUCUCAUUAUUCGAGAGAAUAUUUCACUAGGCUUAUUGUUCCUUCCUGUGAUUGCUGUGAUAAAAAACCUAUCAAUGAUAUUACUUUUAAAAAGUGCAAACUGCUUUACAAAGCAAACAGUUUGAUACACGAGUAGUGAAGGAAGAGGUAUCGCAUUUAGAGACCAGAAAAAGCACAGAAUGACAAUUAAUUCGACAAUAAACAGGUAGUUGUCAUUUUCGUGCGUUAAAAAUGUAGUCCCAUUAUCUAGACUUUCUAGAAUGUUGUCUUUUCUCAAAGGCGAACCAGAUUGCAAAAUUAUCCCGACACGUUUGGGUGUCUGUUUUACCAAAUGAACCAUUUUGUGCACGAAGGUGGUAACUACCCUCUGGUAAUCUUUGAUUUUGGUUGGUUUGGUGAGAAGUUGCAACAAAAGCAUGUCACAGCUGAUGUUCAAACAGUUAAUUGUUGUUUGUUUCUUUGAGAAUAGAUCUCUCUUAAAGCCCACGCUAAUAUCCAAGUCUUAAAAUAGCCAACAAACCAUCCUACCUCUGUUAAUGCCCCCAUCAAAGAAGCAAUUCACUAACUGGUGCUUUAUAAAAACUUGUUUACCCCGCCAUAAGUUAUCAUGUAGAGUUGAUAUUUCAGAUCAGACUGCCUUUUUUACGUCAACAUUAGAAAUCAAUUGAAAAAUGCCUCAGCGCAAUUAUUAUUAAUGUUCACAAUACCUUCAUUUAGCAAAUCACAGAAAAUUUUUGAUGUCUGUGAAUCGACUGAGAUGGCGUAAUUAUUUGUCUCUAGGAUAACCAUGAAUAAUUAUUCUCAGGGUUCUGCAUAGAAAGAACAAAAGAUGUUUGAACACUUUCAAAAAGCAAACCGUUAACUUCCCUUGCAGAAUUAAUUAAAUGGCGCUUUGCGUGCCCUUUUCUUUGACCGAUUCAGAUUUUAUUUUCAUUUCAGCAGAUGUAAAUUUAGCCAUGCCGCAAGUAUUCACUUUCACGUGUUGCGCAAUCCCCGAAACCUUUGUCUGGCAUUGUUGAGAAUCGAAGCUUCUCGAGGAAUCCUGCAAGAAUCUUAAUAAGCAAAGUCACAGUGAAACCUGUAUUUCAGUGCACUUGUGUUCAGGUGACACGUCCAUUGAAAGGUCACAAACUUAAGUCCCGGCCGAAAAAAACAUGCGCGGACACUUCUCUUCAAUCAGUACCUUGUUAAUAUGUCUCAAAAGAGAUAUUAAACCCUCAAUUAUGAAACAAGAAUUGUCAACAACAGAAAUCCUCCCACGCGCCGUACAGCUAUGGAGCAAAAAUCGUUUCUGAUAGAGGGCCAUUUGUGUGGAACUGCUGACUACCCAAAAACGGAGUCUUUCAAACAUAGCAGCUGAAGGAAUCACUGGCUAGAAAGUCGUCCUAGUUUCUGACUCAUUUUCAGUAGAAAUUAACCCAUUUUAGCGUUUUCUGUGGCAGUUUACAUCUUUUUUGUGAUAGUUUUACAUAUGAAUCAUAGGAUAAUUUCGUUUCAAUAAAAGUAAUGCAUUGUAUCUUCAGAGGAUGCUUCACCUAUUCGUGAGAGUUUCUUUGGAAUAGAGGUUACGCUUUAUUUGGGUUUAACUUGGAAGGCCUUUCUCUUACAUUACUGAAGGUGUUUAGCUCACUUUCUUGUCUAAAAGUGACCCUUUUUUUUCCCCUUAAUCAGGUACGUGUUGAUGAGUGUUGGUGGCUGCUACACCGACUUUCACAUAGACUUCGGUGGCACCUCAGUGUGGUACCACAUAAUGAGAGGCAGGAAGGUCAGCUAUUUUGGUAGUUACACUUAAAACCUAUGUGCUCUGCUUAAAACCAAAGGAAAAUAUCUCAGUGGGCCUUUGAGAAAUCAGAAGAGGAAAAUGAGAUGAAUUAAUUUGAUUGAAUGAAUUUGGUUUUGGUUCCUUAUCUGCUUGCCUGGGAGUGGGGCGAGGGUUUUCUUAGACCAAUCUUGAGGUGUAACCAAGCAAAUCCAAUUCAGUCUGGGAGUACUUUGUACUAUCCAUUCAACAUUUCUCCAAAUGUCUUUAAAGCGUGACUUUGUAAAUCAUGGUGAUGUACCAGUGUUCAUGAGUGUUGAGUCCUCAUCUGGAUCUUUGGUGAGACUUGUCACGUAGUUUUAAAGAAUUACAUGACAGAUCUGCCUUGUCACUUAACACUUCUCUUCGUUUCGUGGAAGGAAGCUUAUCUCAUAGAGCGUUACCCGAAGAGUAUCUUGCGUGUUAUGCUAGCAAGACGAAAACAUGCCCACUUUGUGCAAGACUUUUUUGCCUUUGAUAUUAACAAUACCAACCGAAACAUCCUUUGAACCAUGUGUAUGUAUUUCUUCGAACGGGUUAAUAAUAGUAAUACACUCCUACGUUGCAGGUUUUCUGGCUAAUUCCACCCACUGAGAAGAAUCUCCAUUUGUACGAACAGUGGGUGCUAUCUGGAAAACAACAAAAUGUUUUCUUUGGUGAUCAAGUGGAGAAAUGUUGCCGCACUUAUUUGGAGAAAGGAGAUACGUUCUUGAUUCCCACAGGUGAGAAGGAAAACACCACAAGGGGGUAAGAGAAAAUGAGUCUCAAGUCAUAAUUUGGUAUACGAAAAUUCGAUUUUGAGUAUUUCUUUUUUGUUGUUGUUCAGUAGCUCUUUUACUCUUUUUUUUUUUAUUUGUGACACAAACCCUUUGAUCCCCAAGAGUGACUCGCAUCUAACAUGUCCUCACAAAAUCACACCUGAAUCACGCCUCAGGGUCACCAGAAUAAAGCAAAUAACCACCAACUGAAGAAGCUCUUGAAUUUUGAACAAAUUCUCCUUGUCAGCUUCUUAGGAAAUGUAUAGAGGACUGUUUGGAGAAUAUGCAUAUUGAUGCAAGGGUGUGUAGGGUUAGCCUAAGAUUUUUAUUGGAAUAAACUUUUUAAGUCUACAGUUAUGGGGGUCAACAAUACUGCAAUUUCUACCUGACAUACGAAUGGAUUAUAGGCUGUUCAAAUACAAAAGGAGGCCUACCCCCCCUUCCUCAAGAAGAUAAUUUGGUUUUAUCAAGUGAGUUGAUAAUGUAAAUUGGCUACCGUAAAGAGUUUAUACAGUGGGCGAUUUACAUUAUCAACUCAGUUGAUGAAACUUAAUUACCUUGUAAAACCCCUCACUGAUGCAGCACAACACUUCCUUUAAUAACUUACCCCUUCUACCCCCGGUAGUCUCACUUUUCUUUCCCAAUGCGGAAUUAAUGUUACAGAGUGUUAGUUGGUCAGUCGGUCGGUCAGUCGGUCGAUGAUGAAUUAAGGAGAGGGACUUGAUAGAACCAGGUGGUAGAAUCCACCUGAAGAUAAUUAAUGGUAAUAUGAAGGAGAAAACUCUGAUUCGGUUUGUAAUCUUACGAGUGAUUUAACAAGAGAGGGAGCUAACAGUGAACUUACAUUAUGAACAAACCGUGAUCCAGCUCUUCAAGGAAUGGAACACUUGAGGCGAUAGUGAAUCGCGUUUUAUGUUGUUUCCUUCUCGGAUGAUACAAGCUUGACUUAUGAAACUUAAAGCUUGCUCACCAAGCUUGACUUAUGAUCACUUUGUGAUGUGUUUAGGGUGGAUUCAUGCCGUGUUUACCCCUGAGGACUCGCUUGUAUUCGGCGGGAAUUUUGUGCACAGUUAUAACAUCCCGGGACAAAUUAAAAUCAGUCAGAUCGAAGACAAUACCAAGGUGAGUGUAAAUCUGUUGUUUAUCUUAAAAUGAUAUUCCUCACUCCUCCCGGGUCCAUCUGUCCUGCUCUGCUGCCUUGGAGGCAGGUGGUAUCGAGAUGGAACAGAGCGAGAGAAAUAUAGAAUGAGAACUUUCGUCAUUGGGGUGGUGCCGCUAUCAAAAACAAUACAUCAUGGUGGUUUGUGUCCAUGUUCAAAAACAACAAAUUUCCUUUUCUAAGCUCCUUGUUGUAAAAUUCUAAGUAGACUUUAAACCACUCCUUGUUUAGUGGCAUUCCCUCAUAUUUAUUACAUGAGAGAUUCGCCAGCCUUUUAAUUACGGAUGUAAAAACCAAGUCCAGGAUACUGGUCAUUAUAUAUGGCUUGGAGAGAAGAAAGCGUCUUCACAUGGAAGGAAAUCUGACCAUGUUGAAAUUUACCCAAUUGUGGGAGCCCCACAUUGAAAAACUCUCAAAUCUGAAAGAUUCCUAUUAAAUCAGUAAGCAAAGAAAUAAAUUGGAAAGAUUAAUCUGGAUUACUUACAACUUGGAGCUCCGAGCUUAGGUAACAGGGGUCAAAAGAAGCUUAUUUAUGUAGUUUGUAUCAAUGUCGAGUGGCCCUUGACAAUCAGCGAAAUAUGUCAUGUAUUUUCCUUUUAAUGCAUUUUUACUGUACCGAUGUCUUCAGUAGUUACUUUAGAAUCAAUUCGAUUUAAUAGUUUUUAACAAAGAACCUUUGAAAAGCUGCUAUAGGAUAACAGACUUCUUUUACGCAGGGAAAGCAGUUCUAGUCGUCGAUAACUGAUAGUUAUUUAUUUUUUGUGUGUGUGUCGCUUUUUCGGUUUUGCAAGCUUUUAAGACCGCCAUAAAGUGAUAUUUACGCCCUGAUAAGUGUUUCAGUGUAAGGAAAAAAAACACCUUGAUAUGAGGAUAAGGCAUCAGCCAACUGUAAAUUAAAAACUCAAGUUAUCGAUAAAGCUGGUUUGCAUAAUUGGUACAACUUGUUACUCUUUCUACAGGUCCCUCUGAAGUUCCGGUACCCGUUUCUACCUCAAAUCAUGUGGUACGCCGCUGACAAGUAUGUCCGUUUGUUGGAACAAAAUAAAAAAGAACUAGGUUUGAAAUCGCCCAUCAAAACCGAUAGCAAGGAAGUUACUUCCGCUUCAAAGAAAAAAGACGCAUCUGGCUUGAAAGGGAAAACUUCUGGUAAACGAAUAAGCAAGAAGGAUCCACGAGAAGUGGACGAGAAAGCUAGUAAUGGCACACAUGGAGAAAAUGAUGAGGACGAUACAACAGAGACUACAGGGCGUAGGAGAUCAAGCCGGGUCGCGCGAAACGAGGCCAUCGCUAAGCAAGCUCAGGACAACGCAGAGAAGAAGACCAGUACGAAAGGUAAAGAAGAGGAACCUGAUACAGAGGAAGGGAAGAAAAAGAGAGGGAAUCCUAAGCGACAAGCUAAGGACAAAGAGGUGAAGGUGGAAGUGAAUGGGGAAACUCACGAUGAAGAAGACGAAAAAGAGAAGACUGAGGGUGAAGGGAAUGAAGAAGAUAACAAGACUCCUUGGAGUCGGGUGUAUCUUACACGAUUUGAAGUUGAUGGGCUGACUAAGCUGAUAGAAAGACUGAGGGAUUGGCCUCAAGCUCAAAAGAACGUUCCUAAGACUUUAGAGGACCCCGAGGGAGUGUUGCAGAGAUUAGAGGUUUGUGCAACGUCAAUCUAAAAAAUAUUGUUUUCAAUGAAAUGCCUAUUUUUAAGCCAUGACAAUAAACAUUAGAUGGUACUUAAGUUCUCUCUCUUAGCUUGGUAUUAGCUUGUAUGGGUAGAGCGUUUUUUACAGAGUAAUACCAUUUCUCCAUUUAGGACCUUCUUGAAUUACAUCGGGACGAUGACCCUGAGCUUGCAGCUUCAGGGUUGCAACAUCUGUUGCAGAUUGACAAACCAGUAGUGGUAAGUAGAAAUUGUGUCGUAUGUGAUCCAGCACCGUAUAGGUUUUGCCUUGCUUAGCACUUUAGGGAUCAUUGCUAGUAUCUGGGCAACUGCGCACAUACCCCUCCCCUCAUUCAACAAGCUUGUAAUCAUUUGACUGUUGUUGGCUUAGGGAAGGGGUAGGUGUGCAAUCACGUGCAUCAGUUUGUACUGGUAGAGACAUAAAUAUGUUUUGUUUCUGUUUUAGAAAAAACCUGUAGCAAGGAAGCAAGGUCCUAGGGGACCGAUGCUCGGUACAAAAGUCGGCCCAGGAAUCAGACGCCGGCGCACUCGCUGCGGGCAGUGUGAAAAUUGUCAACGAGAGGACUGUGGCGAGUGCCGUACAUGUAAAGAUAUGAAGAAAUUUGGAGGGGCAGGAAGGAUGAAGCAAUCGUGUCUUCUUAGAGCGUGCACUGACGUAUGUCAAGUUUUAGUUAUUUUUGAUUAAGCGUACUAAAGUUUACUACCUUUAAACCCCGGGUAGCACUUUUGUACCAAACACGUCAUCGAAUUUGACUCGGUGAACUUAUGGUUAGCAGUUCAAGGUAGGAACUGGAAGGUUUGAGUUCGAGCUCUGUGAAGGCUUACUGUGGUGUAUCUGUGGGCAAGAAAGACAGUUUACUCUAACAUUACCCCUUUCCACUCCAUUGUAUGAAUGUGUCUAGGAAGGAGAAACCUGGUAAAUUGCAAGGGUUACCUUGUGAUGGACUCGCAUCUCAUCUGGGAGGACAUGCAAAAACUCGUAGUCGCCUCUUGCCACCUUAACUGGGACACGUGCCUGCAUCUAAUGAAAUAGGCUCGUGGUAGAGGAUUGGAAAGUUAUUGUCUAGUUGUUCUCUUUUCAGCCUAACCUGCCCACUUGUGUGAAGUGUUUAAUGUGCAAUCAGGUCAACACGGAGGAUAAUCCGCUCAUGGAGUGUCGUUUCUGUGGUGAGAUCGUUCACCCACCUUGUCUGAAAGACAUCAAAGGGCUAUGUAAGAUUGUUACUGAGAUCAAUAACUGUUGGGAGUGUCCCAAGUGUUGCAAAGAUGCAACGGUAAGUACUGAUUUCAAAGUCUGCAAACUAAGAGUUGGAUGAGCGAUUUUCUUUGAGUGUCACUUGAACAUUGUAGAUACUGCUUUCUUCUUUCUUUACUUUGCGGAAUGAGUUGUUUAGAUGACGCCCGUUUUAUUUAAUCAUCUAGAUUCUUGUAAAUUCCGUGAAUGAUUCUUCUUUCACUUCUCUGUCUCUCCGUCUCUUUGUUCAUUUACUUUGGCUCUUCUUUUCCAGUUUGUCUGAUUUGAUGGAUCGGUCGGUCAGUUUGUCGGAUGAUACGUGUCCGCUCGUUUAGGAACAUCCGUUCUUUACAAUCAGAUAAUACUUGGUCAUAUAUUUUAUGACCUCUCAGUAGUAUAUUAUAUCUCUCAUAGGCGACGUCUGUCGAUGAUCUUCCAAGUAUUCCAGCAAAGAAAAGAAAGGUAGUGUGAAUUUGUACUGCUUAAUAACCCUUUGACUCCUAACAGUGACUAGCAUCUAAUUUCUCCUUACAAUAUCACCCGCAAAUCAAGCCAAUUACCCUCACGAGAAUAAUGCGAAUGAUCAACAACUGUUAACCCUUCAUCACACCCUAAUAUCAGUAAAGUUAUUCUCCAUUCAUUCCCUAAGGUGCUGUCAAGGCAAAUUUGUGUAAAAAUCAACAGCUGCUUUAGCUGCUGAUAGUUUUCUUUAUUCUGGUGACAUUACUGCAUGAUUCAGGGGUGAUAAUGUAAGGAGAAAUUAGAUGCUAAGCACUCUAAGGGUCAAAGGGUUUAACAAAUUCUCCUUGUGGGUACCUUUUGAAAUGUAUAGAGAUCAGUAUGGAGAAUAUGCAUACUGAUGUUAGGGUGUAAAGGGUUAAAAGGAAAAAGGUAGCACGACUGCGAGGAGAUACUAAGGAGAUUGUUCGUUAUAAUUUACGGAAACUGUUCUUAAGAGAAACAACACAAAUCAAAAGAAGUUAACAUACAUGAAAAUAAGGUUGUAGCUAACAGAAGUUUUAUUUUCGAAUUCUUGUAAUAUAUCUAUAUAUACUUUUUUUUUGUCUAUAGGCAAGUCCAAUCAAAGAGUCUGCUAAAAAGGUACAGUAAAUAUUUCUUUGGCGCUAUUCAAAUCGCUACAUGCACAGGGUUUCUAUGAGCUUGGCUAACUUCUCAACGGAAGUUAAUUGAAGGGAUGCGCGUAAUGAGUCCUUAGAUAAAUUUUGAUGCGACAUAUACUUCUCUGUUUCAUUAGAAAGUAGGGAACAAUUUGGAAGGGAAAAUAUUUGUCUAGCAGAAGUUUCUGAAUGUUUUUUUCCGUGCACCCUUCAAUUAAACUUGGCUAGACCAUUUUGUUUAUGGGAAACAAGGCUGAUCGCCCCCUUAAAGCCUUGUUACACAUGAUGCAAUUUGCUCAGCUUUUUUAUUUUUCUGUUGGCUGUAACAUGUCAAAACACGUGCACGAUUUCCAUUUCCUAAGACUUGCUUCUACGCAAUUGUACGUCGCCAACUGUUACUAAACCUUGGCGAGACCCUUCUUCAUCAGAUGUUGUUACAUGUUUGUCAAUUAUCAAUGAAACUAGUGCGGCAGUGAAACUUACAGCCACUUUACUGUAGAAGUUACCUUGUGAAAAAAAGCGUAGGCUCUUUCACUUCCACUAAAUUUUAUAAGUGAUUCUUCGUACCUGCUGCCAUAUUAGCAUUCCUGGUGGUCUUUUUUAAUGGUAAUUUGGUGUCGAAUCUUGACAAUACAUAUUAACUGAUUUGGUUUUCUAUUCCCUCUAUCUGUCUACCUCGAGAUGUACCAAUGCAAGAAGACAUUAGCUCACGUUCGUAUUCUCUUGAUUGAUAAUUUAAGGAUAAGUAGCAUGCAUUUAAAAAACAAAAUAAAAAACAAAAAUUCAGAAAAGCGCUGUUCAAACUAAUUGCUGCUUUGACAUCGUUUCCAUGACCCAAGGGCCCUUUUUGGGUCUUCGCUGUUGUGUGCUUCAACACUUUGUAGAGAGGGCGUUAUGGCUCUCUCUAAAGUUCCAUUCUACGCCGAAUCACAUGCACAUGAAUAUGAAGGUAACGGAAUAAUGCCCAGUAUGCGGUUGAGUCGCAAUCGUUAAGAGUCUUCCUCUAUAUAAAAUUUAUUAAGUUCUGUAAAUUUGAUUGAAGCUCGCAAGGGCUAUAUAGUCGUCCGUACUUGUCUCUCUUUUACGUGGAAACCUUUGUAAUCGUCGUAGAGUAAUGUUUCGGUUGUAAUUUUUUGCUUUGUCGUCAUCUCAUUUGUCAUCUAAUCCAUCCUGUGGAGUAAACCUUGAAAUUGUAAAACGCGCCAGUUGUCAUUUUGGGAUGUCUACUCAUCGUCCGAACUAGACUAUUAUUAUCGGUCGCCGAGUCGCUGCACUGCGUCUCUUUCUGUGGUCCGUCGGCUUCCACGAGAAGGGGUCUAGUACGUUCGGCUAGGAUUUGAAAUGAAGGUUAUAAAAUCGUCCAAUAACUCACUGUAAAACUCGUUUCCUAAUCGACAGGAUGACCGAGCUCCAAAAGAGAAAAUCAGAAAGGUGCCUUUAAGUAUGUGUAUCAUUUUCAUUUCGUUUUUGUGUUUGUCUGAUCAGUGAGACAUGAAUUCGUUUUUUAAUUGAUGGCUCUCAGGCCAUUAGACAUGUCCAUCAAGCCGAACCUUCACCAAGUUUGAUGACCCCUUCUCAGGGGCCGUGAAUGUAACUUUUUGAAGUUUGAAAAUCGCUCGCAUUAACCUUCUAAGUACUCAUGUGCACACGUUAAAACUUCUUUUGUUUUCUUGCAGAGGAGCAAAAUGGAGAGCGAGUCCUCAGACGGAGAAAGUGACGAGUUUUCUGUGAAUGUUUCCGAUGAAGUGACUUCACGGCCCCGCCGUCCUGUUGUAGUACCCAGACCUCCACCUGGCCCUCCGCCAGAAGUACAUCCUAAACUCGUGGUUCGUCCUUGCCCAGUCUCUCCUCCUCCUCAGUCUUUCCCGCUGGACAGUGGUCAAAGUCACGUGAUGGACUGUCAGCUCUGGCUUUCAGUGUUUAGCUUUCUCUCCCAACCCGAGCUCUGUCUGUGUAUGCGCGUAUGUCGCACCUGGAACCGCUGGUGUAUGGAUCGCCGUCUCUGGUCAGUGAUCGAUUUAUCAGAAAAGAAAGUUGUGACCCCUUCGGCCCUGAGGGGGAUUGUACGGCGCCAACCUUCAACUCUAAACCUGAGCUGGACAAACGUUACUUUUAAGCAACUGCAAUGGCUCCUGAACCGUCUGCCGAGAAUAAGAGAGCUUUAUCUGAGUGGCACAACGGAAGCGACGGCGUAUGCGCUUUCCACUGUCAUCUGCCCUCGUUUGAAAGUCCUGGGGCUGAGCUGGUCCGUAGGAAUCACUGACUCACUGAUGAAAGAACUUAUUUUACCUGUUUCUGACUCACUUACGGCUCCAGGGGACAACAAAAGCCCUCUUCUAAGAUUAUCCACUCUCUUUCUUUCCGGUAGUGACAUCACUGGUUCGACUCUUCGUUUGCUGGUGCAACAUUGCCUUGACUUGAAGAAGCUGGACCUGAGUUUCUGUCCCGGAAUAACUGAUCAAGAUAUUGAAAGUGUCUGUGGACAGGCAUCGAUAAAUGAAUUUCUUCUGAGUGGCUGCGCUAAGCUGUCUGAUAAGUGCUUGUCCUUUUUGAGGCUCUUUCCGUCGCUUAUCCGUCUUGACUUGCGCUCUUGUAAUGGGGUCACUUCCGAUGCCGUUCAAGAGUUUGUAAAAACUCGCAAGGAUUUGCUGAAAAUUCUGGAAGGAAAACUCAUUGUAAAUAUAUAA